GGUGAUUCUAGAUCCAGUGAAGUUGAAAAUGAAGAUUACCAGCUAUGCUGUCCAGGCCAGCAGGUUCUUUGAAGGAGGCCAAGACCGAAAGAAACACCAAAGCUUUGGGGGCAGGGAGGGGUCCUGGAAAUCUUGAUUCCACAGGUAGCAUGCUAUGCAUCGCAGGAAAGGCGGUCUACCUCCAGGAGCUCCUUUUGGACCCAUAAGUGACUCAACAGUGGCUAAGACAACAAUAAAGCAUGCAGAGCGAGUGACAGCUGGGUGCCUCAGCUGGCCUUUCUGCGGUCACAGCCUACAAAUCUGAAGUGGCCCAGCUGGAUUGAUUCCAUGAUGGAAACUAGUGACAGUUCCUAUGGUGGGUGUUUCACGGUGAGGGGAAAACACCCGGAAGAUCGCUUAGUCUAUAUGGGGGUUCAAAAGAGAUGUCAUCAUAGUCUAUGGCAGUGAUUCUCAACAUGUGGGUCACAAUCCCUUUGGGGGUUGCAUAUCAGAUAUUGACAUUACGAUUCAUAACAAUAGCAAAAUUAUAGUUAUGAAGUAGCAAUGAAAAGAUUUUAUGGUUGGAGGUCACCACAGCAUGAGGAACUGUAUUAAAGGGUCACAGUGUUAGGAAGGUUGAGAAUCACUGGUGUAGAGCAUUUAAACUCUUGGUCCCCAGUUGAAGUGCUGUUUGGGAGGUUUAGGAGGUAAGGCCUUGUUGGAGGAACUACAUCACUGACGUGUCAAAAACUGGAGCCUUUCCCAGUUUGUUCUCUCUGCUUCAGAGCCCUGGGCUUCCUGCUCUUGCCAUCUGGAACCAUAAGCCCAAAUACACUUAUUUAUAAGUUGCCUUGUUCAAAGUGUUUUCUUUUCUUUUUUUUAUCACAUCAAUAGAAAAGUAACUACUACAGUCUGACUUGGAAAACCUUGGUACCAGAGCCUAUAAAUGCCUUCAGUCACUGCCCUGGGUACCUGGGAAGGACCUCAGAACUCGCCAUUUCUCUUAACGAUCCACCACCGUCCACACCACCACCACCCCUGAUGAAAGGCCAUUAGAAACAGCAGCUUGACUGUGCAUCAGAAAUCCAGGUUUGAAUGGAAAUGGCUGCAUCUAUUUUUAGACGGAGACUAAUCCAUCAUGACGAGUCAAUUGAGUUCAUGCUAUCACCGAGUUCAGCUUGUGUAACUCUUUGUUUUCUGCAUGAGAAGUUCAUCAUUAGAUUGUAGGUAAUCCUCAGUUUACAUCUAAUACCAAGGGGUUUAAUCGAGACUUGAAAUUUCCUUGUCUCAGUCCCAGGCAUUGGUAGGGCAGAGGGUAGGGUGUGAGCACCCUGGUGAGAGGAGAAGCUGGGAACCCGAGUUUGCUAUCAACAAUAGUGUCUUCCCCAUCCUUCUCUUAGCGGUUCCUUCAGACGCUAAUCUUCCCCAGUUCGUUCCAGCUGCAAGUGAGACCCUGGAGGACUCCCAAAGAGUCGGGCAGCGACCACACCUUCUUAUGAAUAUUCAACAGCAAGGCAAGGAGGCCACGCGGAAGAAAAGCCCUUGGGACAACUCCACUUAAGUCCCCGCAGCUGGCGGCCGCCUCACUCUGGGCCGGUUCCUAGAAGACGAGACACUGGACCCAAACCUGGAUGAGCUUCAGGGAGCCGCACCACUUCGCCUUUCGUAGCCCAUCUGAACUCCAGCCACCGUUGCCGCAGCCUCUCGGAUGAAGCGCUCGGGACUGAGGGACCAAGAGGGUCCCCGCCUUGGUGGCGCAGAGGAGAAGGGCGCGUGGCCAGUGGGCGGCGCGCUCCAGGGAAGUUUGUGCCCAUCUGCUGGUGACUUUUCCGACUCACGGCUCUGCGCGCGGUGGUUCCGAGGACGCCCUGCUAACUUGAAGAAAUUCUGAGCAAGGUAGAGGAAAUGGAGUUACCAAACUGAAGCCUGAAGAAAGAGUGCACCUUGGGCUCCCGCCCAGCCUGCCUUUGGCAGACCUUUGACUCUGUAAGGAAGGUGGCGGAGAAGCAUGACUCGCAGGCAGUAGCUGCGACUACGGAUCCAGAUGUACACAACAGAUGUGACAGCCAGGCUGGCGUCCUUGGAGAUGAAGGUCUGGAGCUGGGACCUCCGGUCACGGGUGUGAAUGGGGGUCUGAACCAGGCUGCCCACCCCAAGAACAUGACAACAGCUCAGAAUGGCCAUGGGCAGGGUGCCACGGCCACUUGUUCAGCCUCCAACCUGAAGGCCCCCAAAAUGGUGACAUCCUCAGCAUGUCAGAAUGGAAGCUGCAAAAGCAGCCAAAGCAGCGACCCGGAAGCCGCGGAAACCAGGCUCAGCCCUUCCAAGCUGGUGCGUCUUUUCUCGGGGAAUCGGAAGAGGAUGAACACCAACCCUGAGAGGCCCCGCUCGGUGGUCCUCGUGGGGAAUUCUUCCACGUGGAAUGCCCUGGCCUCCUUCCGUAAAAUGGGAUCUUUUAAAAGGUUGAAAUCCUCUGUCCUACAAGGAAUUCAGAACCGGGAGGGGGCAGAUGUUUCCAAGGAAGAGCCAGCAGGAGACCCGGGAAGGGCUGCUCCCAAUGGCACCAUCAGCAUCCUGGGAAAGGGCCUGGGCAGGUGCCCUUCCUUGGGGCCUGCAGGGGAUGGGACCGGGUCUGACUGCUCGGACCCUGAGGACACAGAGGAUGCCUUCCAGAGGAGCACGCACCGCUCACGCAGCAUUCGCAGAGCCUAUGGCCUGGGCCGCAUCAGCCUGCUGGACCUGGGGCGGCAGGCAGCACCGGAGCCCACCCUGUGCGAGAUUCACGUGAGCGACCCUGAGCCCAUCCCUCUGCCGCGCAGAAGCAAGAGCAUCGACAGCUUGAGCAUCCUGAAGAGCUCCUUCAAGCGCAAGUCUGUGUCCAACCUCACGGAACUGACAGGCGACAGGCAGGUUCCCCCCAGGACCCUGAGCAGCUCAUCCACUGACUCCGAGAAGCCAGGUGGUUCCCAGAGAAGGACCAGACGCUGGAGGAGCCCCAUCAGGGCCAAGGACUUCGACAGGGUUUUAAGACUGGUGAGCACCGUCAAGGAUGCAGCCUGGAAGAGGGAGGCCUCUAGGAGUAUGCCUGCUAGCCCAGACCCUGGCCCAGGGGAUGUGAACCCGCCACUGGAGUCACGCAGCAGGCUCCACGAUGACUACUCACGCCGCACCAGCAGCAGCGCGGAGCCAGAUGCCAGGCGUGGUGGCCCUUUAUCCACACCCUGUAUCCCUGCACCAUGCGUGGCCACGCCCAUCGUAGCUCAAGGACCCCACCUGGAUGUGGACACGGCAGUCUUUCCCCUGGAAGCCAAAAGCGCGCAGGCCCUGGGGAAUGAUGAACCUAGUGCCAGUAGCCCAUCACCAAGUCUCACAGACCCAGAAGGGUCGAGCCAAGCCUCCAGUGAGGCAACUGCUGGCAGCCAGCUUCCCUUGGACCCUGCACAGCUUCCCACCCCUCUGAGGCCCACCACGCCCAAACCCCAAAGCCCUCAGAGCCCAGGGAGUACUAAAUGCCCCAGCCUAAGCGUGCUGUCCCUCAGCUCAGCAGACAGUGAAGAAAGGACUGAGGAUGCUGCCCAUAGGCAGCCAGGACCAGUGUCCCUCCAGGAUGCCGGAGGCACCGCGGCUGGUGGUGAGGGAGGAAAAAGUAGUGACAGCUGUUUGCCCGCGACUCUCGAUGGGGCCGCCAAUCCGGAAGAGAGGAAGGAGGAGGUGGUGAAUGAGGAUGACUGGCAGCAGGGCUCAACCCAGGAGGAGGAGCAGACCGAGGCGGCCCGCGUCUCCAGGAGGAGAUGGGGCUCAGGAAAGCGCACCCGACCACGGCCGCUGUCUGACUACGGCCAGCUGGCUAGCCGAAGCUUGUCCAUCCCUGAAGAUGCCAUUGCUGCAGACCCCCCAGGUGACGACCAUGUGGACAGGACGCAGCCGUCAAGAGUGACCACCACCGGCCAGGACCCAUGCGCCCCCUCAGGCUGUUCCAGGGCGGGCUGGAGGAGGCGACCUAUAUCUGUGAUUGGAGGGGUCAGCUGCUAUGGCAACACCCAGGCAGAAGAUGUGGAGAACCUCUUGGUCCAACCAGCAGCCAGGCCUCCCGUGCCUGCACACCAGGUCCCACCCUACAAGGCUGUCUCCGCCCGCCUCCGGCCCUUCACCUUCUCCCAGAGCACUCCCAUCGGGCUGGACCGCGUGGGGCGCCGACGGCAGAUGAAAGCAUCCACCGUCUCUUCAGAUGGAGGUGCAGAGUCUUCGGCCUUAGUGGAUGACAAUGGCAGCGAGGAGGACUUCAGCUAUGAAGAGCUCUGCCAGGCCAACCCUCGGUACCUGCAGCCAGGCGGGGAGCAGCUGGCCAUCAACGAGCUCAUCAGCGAUGGCAGCGUGGUCUGUGCAGAAGCACUGUGGGACCAUGUGACCAUGGAUGACCAGGAACUGGGCUUCAAGGCUGGGGAUGUCAUCCAGGUCCUGGAAGCCUCUAACAAGGACUGGUGGUGGGGCCGGAAUGAAGAUAAAGAGGCCUGGUUCCCCGCGAGCUUCGUGAGGCUUCGAGUCAACCAGGAGGAGCUGCCCGAGAGCUGCAGCAGCUCCCAUGGGGAAGAGCAGGAUGAGGACAGCAGCAAGGCCCGCCACAAGCACCCUGAGAGCCAGCAGCAGAUGCGCACCAACGUCAUCCAGGAGAUCAUGAACACCGAGCGCGUGUACAUUAAGCACCUCAAGGACAUCUGCGAGGGCUAUAUCCGACAGUGUCGUAAGCACACGGGGAUGUUCACGGUUGCGCAGCUAGCCACUAUUUUUGGAAACAUCGAAGACAUUUACAAAUUCCAAAGAAAGUUUCUGAAAGACCUUGAGAAACAGUACAACAAAGAGGAACCUCACUUAAGCGAGAUAGGAUCCUGCUUUCUUCAGCACCAAGAGGGCUUUGCCAUCUACUCUGAGUAUUGCAACAACCACCCGGGUGCCUGCGUGGAACUGUCCAACCUCAUGAAGCAGAGCAAGUACCGGCACUUCUUCGAGGCCUGCCGCCUGCUUCAACAGAUGAUCGACAUCGCCUUGGAUGGCUUCCUCCUCACGCCCGUGCAGAAGAUCUGCAAAUACCCGCUGCAGCUGGCCGAGCUGCUCAAGUACACCACACAGGAGCACAGCGAUUACAACAAUAUCAAGGCAGCCUACGAGGCCAUGAAGAACGUGGCCUGCUUGAUCAACGAACGCAAGCGCAAGCUGGAGAGCAUUGACAAGAUUGCCCGCUGGCAGGUGUCCAUCGUAGGCUGGGAGGGCCUGGACAUCCUAGACCGAAGCUCCGAGUUGAUUCAUUCGGGGGAACUGACCAAAAUCACCAGGCAGGGCAAGAGCCAGCAGCGGAUCUUCUUCCUCUUCGACCACCAGCUGGUGUCCUGCAAGAAGGACCUGCUGCGCAGGGACAUGCUGUACUACAAGGGCCGCAUGGACAUGGACGAGGUGGAGCUUGUGGACGUGGAGGACGGGCGGGACAAGGACUGGAACCUCAGCAUGCGGAAUGCCUUCAAGUUGGUCAGCAGAACCACAGAUGAGGUGCACCUGUUUUGCGCCAGAAAGCAGGAAGACAAGGCCAGGUGGCUGCAGGCCUAUGCAGACGAGAGGCAGCGGGUACAGGAAGACCAGCAAAUGGGAAUGGAAAUCCCAGAAAAUCAAAAGAAACUCGCCAUGUUGAAUGCCCAGAAAGCCGGACAUGGGAAAUCUAAAGGCUACAGCAGCUGCCCUGUGGCCCCACCCCACCAGAGCCUGCCGCCCGUUCACCAGCGCCACAUCACCGUGCCUACCAGCAUCCCGCAGCAGCAAGUCUUCGCCUUGGCCGAGCCCAAGAGGAAGCCGUCACUCUUCUGGCACACUUUCCACAAACUAACCCCCUUCAGAAAAUGAGCCUCACUCAGGGUGUGCCUCUGAGGUCUGUGGGGAGAAAGGCCAGGUUCGUCUCUUUGGUGUGGUGUCCAGUGUGCUGCUGCACGCUUUUGGGAAUCUGUGACGAGGAGAAGGAGUUGAACUCAACUUUGAUUUUGAGAGGCCCUGGUGCCCUCGUGGAAAGAAGGGCACCGUGAAGCACUGCUCUGUCCUACACUGGAAGCCGAGGUGCACACUCAGGUGGCCGGGAUGUAGGGACCAGGCCUCUCUCUGCAGGGGGACAGCUGACCCAGUGGUUCUGUGAGUUUGCCACUGAUGGUCACACCCCUGCUGCAGUUCCAGACAGUUCCAAGAGCCUUUCAAUCCCUUGGGGGCAACUAGAUUAAGGAUGCCUUCUGUGUUUGUUUUUAAGCAUUGACAGAGAUUGGUAGGAUGUUGGCAGCCAUAGGAUGGCCUGGGUCAGGUCAGGCCUGGCAGAGACAGUGAAGGGGUUAGAACUGCUGGGCAGGUGCCCACUGUUUUCCAAAUUGUACCAAGUGCCAAGCAAGAGUGUAGGCUUCAUCUUACAAGGUUCCCUAUUCACGAGCUAGGGAGAGAGAGACAGGAGGCACCUGUCGCCCUGGCAACGUGGGACAUGAUAGCAUCCUCAAAGCCCCGUGCUACUUUUCUGACCCGAGGGAAGGGCACUGCCAGCUCGUUUGUCCCUCUCACCUCCUCCAGCAGAGGUCCUGUCUGCUCACAGCACAACCUAAGGAGCUGCCGUUCACAGAAACAGUGGCGAGGUGAAAAUCGUUUCAAGUCUGAUAACAUGAGAAUGGGCACCCGCGCAUCUUCAGCAGCCAUUUGCAGUUUCUUCUUCAUCCGUGAGGUGAUGAAGACACAGAGAAAGCAAGAGACAAAGCAUCCUGCUUCCUGGGAUGUGGAGACACCUGUCACAUGACCUUGAAACGGUACUGCAGGGGCUGUGUCAUCUGGAGGUUGACUCCUUCGCUCUGAGAGACAGUUUAAUGAGGGUCACACGGGCUGACGCCCACAGAGAGUAACCUCCCUUUGUUGACUUUAUGGAAUUUGAUAAAAAUGCUUUUUAACCGGAUGUAAGGAAGACUGGUCCUACAUUUUAAUCGACACAGAGAGCUGGCAGGGAGGGGUCCUGCCACGCAGCUGUGCCUUUUGGACAAGCUUGUUCUUGCGAGCAGUUCCUGCAAGGUUCUCCUCGCUCCUCAGCUCUUGCUUGAGAACAAACAAGUCUGCAGUGUUAGAGAUGAAGAUAUUGGUCCAUCAGCACGGUUCCUCCACCCAGUUUGCCCCAGCUAGAACUGUGCCUAAAGCUACUGACCUCACAGCAAAUCACCUUGACCCUGGACCUGGGGUUAGCCUCGACCCUGCUGUACACCCUGGGCAUGUUCACUUAGAGGCAACACUGCUGGGGAUUGUGGUUAGAAGCCCCACGGCUGAGCUGUUUCUGUGCGUCAUGAAGUGGUUCCGUGCACAGAAUAUGUGUGUAUGUGUGUGUGUGUGUAUGUGUGUGUGUUAGAGAGACAGAGAGAGCGAGUGAGAGAAUCCUUGAGUAGAUGCCUCAGCUUAGCUGCGCUUCUAUAACUGACAGGUUGUUUUUGUAUUUUACUAACUGAAUGCAAUGAUUUAUUUUGGAAAUUAUAUCUAGUGUACUUUCUCUGCUACCCUGUGUCUGUCUGGCAGUUUCAACAGUUGUGCUCUUAAUACGUGAACUGAUUUGAGGAAGUGAAGAGAGCCUUUUGGCCCUGUUUAUAGUCACUGAGGAUUCAACUUGAGGCUCACUGCAGACUUCAUUUGCUGUUACAGUGAAUGACAGUGAAGAAGUAAUACGUUAAGUUUGUGACCGGUCCUGAUAGAUUUCCCAGCUGCCCUAACUUCCGGUUCCCACCUACCUCCACAGACCUCCUAACAAUCCCGAGUCACGGUCAAGACCUGGGCCGGCCCCAGGCAAUUUUAUACAGUGUGAGAAGUGUUCGAUCACAUGUCUGACCCGGAUGAAUCUUACUUGGGAUGUCUGGGUGAUUUUGAAAACUAAUGUGUUUUUAAAAGCUAUAAUAGCCUUUUGACUUUGUAAAAAAUCUAUAUGUCUGUAUAAAUUUUAUUACCAAAUACCUGAGUUCUACAAAAAGUGGAAGACCUUAAGUAUUAUUUUUAGUUCUCCAAACUUCCUUCUUGAUUUGAGGCGUGUGCUCUACUUUGAAAGGAAGAAAAGAGAAACAGCACGGAGCCUCUUUGCGGAAUGGUGUCUGAGGCUCGUGAACGUUCCCUCCCUCUCCCUGAACGGCCAAAACAAUUUGUGAUUUGAUCUCCAUUUUAAUGAUUUCGUUUGUUCUGUCGUUAGCAUUUCAGAAUUUGCCAGCUCUGUUGAUACAGUUGAGAGGGCCUCCCUGGUUUAGAUUAUAUAUGACCACCAUGUGGUAGGUGAAAGGUGAUCAUAAAGAAUACUUGAAAGUGUAGAGAAAGAAGGAACAUUCCAGGCUCUGUCUCAAGAAUAAAAGGGAGUGGUAGACAGCUAAUCGGGCUCUCAAGAGACAUGUGGUAGACCUGCUUCUGCAGGCGGGAACCAUCACCACUACGGAACGCCAUUUCUAAAUACUGUGCCUUUUACUAUCCAAGCCAUUCAAGACUGAUUCCACAUCCUACGUUGCUGUUUUUACAUACAAAGCAAAAAUGUAUUCAAUUUGAAAUCCGGUUCCCAGUGGAAGUCUUUUGUAAGCGCCUGCGAUCCAGCAUCGUCCGCGUGUGGAGAACUGGACCUGGAUAUUUCUCGGGACGGGUCAGUCCUGUUCCCAGUUGGAGUUUCCUGGAGCCCAGGCAUGGCUUCUGCAUUUUGUCUUCAUCCCAGAUAGGAAAAGCAGAAGUGUCCCUCAGGCCAGUGCCAAGAAGUGUGAGUCAGUGUCUUUCAGCAGCGUAAAGCCAGGAUGCUGGGUGCAGUGUGCCCACAAAUGGUUUCUUCUCAGGAUCCAGGGAAGGGGAGUUUGAAGGACUUGGGACAAAGUAAGUAGCAACUUCUAGCUAGUGGGAGGAGGGGGGGAGUCAGCUUAUAUAAUGUAUGUAAAUUUGCUUAGCCAUCCCACGUGCUUCAUUAUUACCUUCAUGGUCUCUUAGUCAUGACCGUUUAUAUUUAGAAAGUAUUUUGAGCCACUUCUGUAAUUUAAUAAUUGGUCCCUUUUGGGGGGUACACGUUGGUGCCCAGUGUGCAUGACUUGCUGACUUCUUGGCUAUGCUUUUGGUGAAAACUAAUCCACGUUGGGGUGCUGUGUAAGUCAAGUGCUACUCUUGAGAUGGCGAGUUGACUUUGACACUGAAAUAGGACCUGUGUGCAAGAUGUGCAUUUUUUUGCUAAAUGAAGGUUUUGUUGUUGUUGUUGUUUUUAAAAAAAUAGGUAUUUGAUUUCUUGUAAAUGCUGUGAAUCUCUAUUUGUCGUUUUGUAUCUGUAUAUUAAAAUACUUUGCCAAACUGG